GCAGUGCGCGCGGGGGCUGGCGCAGGCGCGGCGGGUCCCCAUUCUUCCCGGGGCGGCGGGGCGGGCGCAGCCAUGCAGCGCUGCGGGCACUGAGCCCGCCGGGCCCGCCCCGCCUCGCGCCGCCGAAAGAAUGGACUGCUGAAUUGGGAAUUAUUGCAGACCCGACAGGACAGCACUGCUCAUUGCUUCAUCUAUUGCUAGUUAUUUAAAUUGGACUUUUAAUAUCCUGCCAGCUGCUGUUCACACACACAUGGUGCAUUGUUGCCAUUCUCAGAAUUGCAUCUUUGAAACCCAGACCCUCAGUAACCUUCAUCGAACAAAGAGGCGACCUCCUGCGUCCGUUCGUAGAGGGAUUUGUCGGACCGUCUGCCCUCUAGCUUUCUUGCUGGUGCUGUGUUUCUAAGACACCAUGGAGCCCAGUAUGGAGUACUGCCUAGCGCAGGUGCUGCAGAAGGAUGUUGGGAAGAGGCUUCAGGUCGGCCAGGAGCUGAUAGAUUACUUCUCAGAUAAACAGAAGUCAGCUGAUCUCGAACACGAUCAGACUAUGCUGGAUAAAAUGGUUGAUGGACUGGCCACCUCUUGGGUCAAUUCCAGCAAUUACAAGGUGGUCCUCCUGGGCAUCGACAUCCUCUCCGCCCUGGUGUCGCGCCUGCAGGACCGCUUCAAGGCCCAGAUCGGCACAGUGCUGCCAAGUUUGCUCGACAGGCUGGGAGACUCCAAAGACUCGGUGAGGGAGCAGGAUCAGACCUUGCUGCUGAAAAUCAUGGAUCAAGCUGCUAACCCGCAGUACGUGUGGGAUAGGAUGCUAGGAGGAUUCAAACACAAGAAUUUCCGGACGAGAGAAGGGAUCUGCCUCUGCCUUAUUGCAACACUCAAUGCAUCUGGAGCUCAGAGCUUAACGCUGAGUAAGAUAGUGCCACACAUCUGUAACUUACUUGGAGAUCCCAACAGCCAGGUUCGAGAUGCAGCAAUAAACAGCCUUGUGGAGAUCUACAGACACGUCGGUGAACGUGUAAGGGCUGAUCUCAGUAAAAAAGGAUUACCCCAGUCUCGGUUGAAUGUAAUUUUUACAAAAUUCGACGAGGUCCAGAAAUCUGGAAACAUGAUCCAGAGUUCAGGGGAUAAAAAUUUUGAUGAUGAAGACUCUGUGGAUGGGAACAGACCUUCCUCUGCUAGCUCCUCUACAUCUUCAAAGGCCCCUGCAAACUCACGUAGGGUUGGGAUGGGGACUACCCGCAGACUUGGGUCUGCGCCUCUGGGAUCCAAGUCCUCAACAGCCAAAGAGGGAGCAGGUGCUGUGGAUGAAGAAGACUUCAUUAAGGCAUUUGAAGAUGUCCCAACAGUUCAGAUUUAUUCUAGCCGGGAUCUUGAGGAAUCCAUAAACAAAAUAAGAGAGAUACUAUCAGAUGACAAGCAUGACUGGGAACAAAGAGUAUCUGCUUUGAAAAAGAUCCGCUCCUUACUCUUGGCUGGAGCUGCAGAAUAUGAUAACUUCUUCCAACACUUGCGACUCUUGGAUGGAGCAUUUAAAUUAUCUGCUAAAGACCUGCGGUCUCAGGUAGUGCGAGAGGCUUGUAUCACCUUGGGACAUUUGUCAUCAGUUCUGGGAAACAAGUUUGACCAUGGGGCAGAAGCCAUUAUGCCAACAAUUUUUAAUCUAAUUCCAAAUAGUGCCAAAGUCAUGGCCACUUCUGGUGUUGUAGCAGUUAGGUUAAUCAUUCGACAUACGCACAUCCCUCGACUAAUACCCAUCAUAACUAGUAAUUGUACCUCCAAGUCUGUCGCAGUUAGAAGGCGCUGUUUUGAGUUUCUAGACCUGCUGCUGCAGGAGUGGCAAACUCACUCCCUAGAAAGACACAUAUCAGUGUUAGCUGAAACGAUAAAGAAGGGAAUUCACGAUGCAGACUCUGAAGCCAGGAUAGAGGCAAGAAAGUGUUACUGGGGUUUCCACAGUCACUUCAGCCGAGAGGCAGAGCAUUUGUACCACACUCUGGAGUCCUCCUACCAGAAGGCCCUGCAGUCGCAUUUGAAGAACUCUGACAGCAUUGUGUCCUUGCCACAAUCGGAUCGCUCCUCCUCCAGCUCCCAGGAGAGUCUCAACCGUCCAUUGUCUGCCAAAAGAAGUCCUACUGGAAGUACUACAUCUAGAGCAUCUACAGUAAGUACAAAAUCUGUGUCAACACCAGGAUCUCUGCAGCGGUCCCGCAGUGACGUUGAUGUGAAUGCAGCAGCUAGUGCCAAGUCGAAAGUGACAUCUUCUGGAGCAUCUACCCCCUUCAGUUCUGCUGCAGCCUUGCCCCCAGGCUCAUAUGCAUCACUAGGUCGGAUUCGUACAAGGAGACAGAGCUCUGGCAGUGCCACAAGUGUCACCUCAACACCUGCUGAUACCCGAGGCCGCAGCCGGGCUAAAGUGGUUUCCCAGUCCCAACCUGGUAGCCGGUCUAGUUCUCCGGGUAAGCUGUUAGGAAGCGCCUAUGGUGGCUUGAGUGGUGGAACAUCCAGAGUUCAGCCAGUGCCAUCAUCUUCAGAGAAGCGCAGCAAGAUCCCUCGGAGCCAGGGAUGCAGUCGAGAGACAAGUCCCAACAGAAUAGGACUAGACCGGUUUGGACUCGGACAGCCAGGCAGGAUGCCUGCUUCUGUGAAUGCCAUGCGAGUCCUGAGCACAAGCACAGAUCUGGAGGCUGCUGUGGCUGAUGCACUGCUGUUAGGAGACUCCAGGAGCAAGAAAAAGCCCGUGAGAAGAAGAUAUGAACCCUAUGGGAUGUACUCAGAUGAUGACGCUAACAGUGAUGCAUCAAGUGCUUGCUCCGAGCGCUCCUAUGGUUCCAGGAAUGGGGGCAUUCCACACUACCUGCGGCAGACUGAAGAUGUGGCUGAGGUCCUGAACCACUGUGCCAGCUCCAACUGGUCUGAAAGGAAGGAGGGGCUCAUAGGUCUUCAGAACUUACUGAAAAGCCAGCGGACGCUGAGCCGAGUCGAGUUAAAAAGGCUUUGUGAAAUAUUUACUCGCAUGUUUGCUGACCCUCACAGCAAGAGAGUCUUCAGCAUGUUUCUGGAAACCCUGGUUGAUUUCAUCAUCAUUCAUAAAGAUGACUUGCAGGAUUGGCUUUUUGUUCUCCUGACACAGUUGCUAAAGAAAAUGGGAGCGGAUUUGCUGGGGUCUGUGCAAGCAAAAGUUCAAAAAGCUCUGGAUGUUACCAGGGAUUCUUUUCCAUUUGAUCAACAAUUUAACAUUUUGAUGAGGUUUAUUGUGGAUCAGACCCAAACACCAAACCUCAAGGUGAAAGUUGCUAUCCUGAAGUAUAUUGAGUCCUUGGCAAGACAGAUGGAUCCAACAGACUUUGUGAACUCCAGUGAGACAAGACUUGCUGUAUCUAGAAUUAUAACUUGGACAACAGAACCAAAGAGCUCAGAUGUGAGAAAGGCAGCGCAAAUAGUUCUGAUUUCCCUCUUCGAACUGAACACUCCUGAGUUUACCAUGUUACUUGGUGCCUUGCCAAAAACAUUCCAGGACGGUGCUACCAAGCUCCUGCACAACCACCUCAAGAACUCCAGUAACACCAGUGUGGGUUCUCCCAGCAAUACCCUUGGUCGGACUCCUUCCCGGCACUCCAGCAGCAGAACCAGCCCCUUAACUUCACCUACCAACUGUUCCCAUGGUGGGCUGUCUCCAAGUAUGCUGGAUUAUGACACGGAGAACCUAAAUUCUGAUGAAAUCUACAGCUCUCUUCGUGGAGUCACAGAAGCGAUUGAAAAAUUUAGUUUCCGUAGUCAAGAGGAUCUGAAUGAGCCAAUCAAACGUGAUGGAAAGAAAGACUGUGACAUUGUGUCUCGAGAUGGUGGCCUUGCGGUACCUACUAGUGAUGUCCGUGGAAGUAGUGACAUUGUAGAGGGAGGAAGGAUGGCUCUCGAUAACAAAACCUCCUUACUGAACACCCAGCCUCCACGCGCCUUUUCAGGGCCACGUGCUCGAGAGUAUAACCCCUAUCCUUAUUCCGACACAAUUAACACUUACGACAAGACUGCCCUCAAGGAAGCAGUGUUUGAUGAUGACAUGGAUCAGCUUCGGGAUGAAGUACCCAUUGACCAUUCGGAUUUGGUGGCUGACCUCCUGAAAGAGCUCUCUAACCACAAUGAACGGGUGGAGGAGCGAAAAGGAGCUCUCCUGGAACUUCUAAAGAUCACAAGGGAGGAUAACCUCGGAGUUUGGGAGGAACAUUUCAAAACCAUUUUGCUCCUGCUGCUGGAAACACUUGGAGACAAAGAUCAUUCAAUAAGAGCCCUGGCACUGCGAGUCCUUAGAGAGAUCUUACGGAAUCAGCCAGCAAGGUUUAAAAACUACGCGGAGCUGACCAUCAUGAAGACACUGGAAGCCCAUAAGGAUUCCCACAAGGAGGUCGUCAGAGCUGCUGAGGAAGCUGCUUCCACCCUGGCAAGCUCCAUCCACCCUGAGCAGUGCAUCAAGGUGCUUUGCCCCAUCAUUCAGACUGCAGAUUAUCCAAUCAAUUUAGCUGCCAUCAAAAUGCAGACGAAAGUUAUUGAGAGGAUUUCCAAGGAAUCAUUGCAUCAACUCCUUCCUGAUAUCAUUCCUGGAUUGUUACAGGGUUACGAUAACACAGAGAGCAGCGUCCGUAAAGCUAGUGUAUUUUGCCUAGUGGCAAUUUACUCAGUAAUUGGAGAAGAACUGAAACCUCAUCUCGCACAACUCACAGGAAGCAAGAUGAAACUACUAAACUUGUACAUAAAGAGGGCCCAGACCACCAACAGCAACAGCAGUUCCUCUUCAGACGUUUCAACGCACAGUUAAUGGAGAUGUGUGGACAUAUGUGUAGACUUAGAAGCAAUCAACGGUGCCUCUCAGAGACCUUUCUGCUACUCUUCACUGGCGCGCUCCAUCAGCUAAAGGAGGCCAUGCAGAUAUUUAUUGCAAUCAGUAUUUUAGUCCCUUAAAGCUUUUAUGUAGAAUCUUACUGGUAUUGAAUGUAAAGGAAGCAAGGUCUGUGUUGCAGUCUUCAUUAAAAGUGAACAACAGAAAGCCAUACUUAAACAUAUUUGUAUAGCCUGCUGAAAUCUCGGAAAUAUGUUUAGGUUAGCGUUCCAAAACAGAGUCCGAAAACCUGGACGUGCGUAAAGGUCAAACAAAUCUUGUUUUAGUUCAUGCCCAGUUUUGCUUUCUGUGCUCUAGUUACCCGCUGUCUCCCUGCGGCCGCAGCCCUUCUGGCUAGGCUCUCCUCUUACAACUCUUGUCGUCCUAACGUGCAGGGCUCUCCACGAGGAGAUCUUUGCCAGUGUGGCUGUGGUUCCAGCCUUUGAUGCUUUAAUAAGGAGAUAUCAAGUGAGUAAUGAAAAAGUAGGUUCUUUUUAAAUAUCUGAGUUUUUGUAUAUAGUUCCUUUGACAGAUCUCCGAUGGGCUGAUUUCUCUGUAACUGCUCUCCAGCCAGCUGUGCUGUGUAGAGCAGCUGGGCUGUCGCUCCUUUCAUUGACCGUGUAAAUAUUUCCCCUCUCCCAAACCCAUUUGGCUCUUUCAUGCGCUAAAAAAGACGUUUCAGGUUACUUGUUACUCCCCAAAGGGAACCUGAGUCACAGUUCUGGGACUGAUGCCCGUGUUCAGGCACUGGAGCUCGGUGGGUGUCGGAUCAGGCUCGAGCAUGUCCCCGGGUGGGCACUCGGAGCUGGCAGGGCGGUGUCGCAGCGCUGCCCUGCGAGGCUGGACGUAUUUUUACCCAGGUCCGUAGCGCCAAAGGGCUGACCUGCCGCUCUGACCGGGCCCGCCGAUGUUGGUAAAAAAUGGCUUGCUUUCUCCCUACGAAUCCUGUGCGCUUUGGGCAAACUGUUCAUCCCAGAGGACAGAAAGGGAAUCUGAAACUGGACAAAAUGACCCCGCGGAAGCUGAGGGCUGGCUGGGGUAGUGCUGGGCACCUGCUGCAGUUCCCCUCCUGUGCCUGAAGAGCCUGCAGUGCUGUUUGCUGCCUUCAGAAACCUCCUCCUCCUUCCCAGCCAGCCGCGGGCACAGCCCAGCUGGGUGCUUUGCAUUUUGGGGGGUGCUUGGGGUGCUGUGCUGGCUGAGGGCGCCGCGGGGCAAAUCCUUUUGCAACCUGACGACACAGGCAGAGUCAGAGCCAUGCCAGCAGCAGUCAGAUACCCGAUGGCACCGUCCUGCACCGAAGCGGGACCUCUCUGGGCGCAGAGGGUGAGCUCCCCAUCCUGUUGCCUCUGCCUGUGACCGGGGGAAGCAGCAGGAUGCCAGUGCUGUGUUCGGCCUGAAGCUGGAUCCUGGCUGGUGGGCAGGCCUGCCCCACACCUGCCACGGAUCAGAACUGGGAUUUUGCUGCCAGUGAUGCAGGAGGACGGUGGCCUGCAGUUGUGUCGAUAGAUGUGUGCUCCCUGGCUUCUCUCAGUGCCUCAGUCUCUCUCCAGCCUCCUUCGCUUCCCCUUGGAGGAGCUGAAGGGACACCUCGGCAGCACGCUGGGAACAUGAGAGGUGCCAGAACUGCAGUGGGGAGGAUGAGGCCUUGUUGUCCUCCCUUUCCAUCAGUCCUUGCUCGUGUGGCCCAGUCCCAGGGAGCCGUGUUGGGAGCCGGCUCUGCUCCAAGUCCCCAGCUCAGGAGGGGCUGAGGUGUGUGAGGGCUGUGCGGGACUGGGCUCAGAGCUUCCUGGCCCCUCUCCCGGCUGGUGUGGGAGCAGAGGAGGUGACCUGCUCCCGAGGAUGUGUCCAGGCUUUUGCUGGCUGCAGGGCUGGUUUCCCUUGUGCUCCCCAGUGGAUAAUGCUGUGGCAGGAGGAGCCCUGUGAUACUGGCGGUGGGAUUCCUGCAGGCUCUCUCCUCGCUAGAGGGAGGAUUGGCUGCUCCAUGGUUGGUGUCUCCCUUUCCGUGGACCAUUCCUUUUCAACAUCUUUCAGUACGCUUGUUACAAUGUUCUUUUUUUAAUUUUUUUUGAAUGAUUCAAAUUAUUUUAGUUUAACAUGAAUUUAUUUUCCCUUUUGAGGAAAUAUUCAGCCGACUUGUUGGCAGCAGUUAGCUGUCUUGUUCGAAUUUUUAGUAGUUUUUUUUUUUUUAAGUUUUAUUUUUAUUCUGCUUAGUAUUUAUGCCUCUUUUUCUCCCCAUCUCAGUUCAGCAUCUUCUGUUCCAGUUCUGGGGUUCAGAGGUCAGCAUGGCUGACCAGGUGGCAUUUAGUCCCUCCCAGCUGUGAUGGAGCUUGGUCCAUCACUCUUUUGCUUUUUUUUCUUUUUUUUUUUUUUCUUUUUGAAUGGCACACUGUAGCAAACCUCCAGGAAUCGAAUUCCUUCUCAAACGAUUUUAUAUAUUUUAUAAAAUCCUGUUAGUAUGCACUGAGAGUGAACGCACUGUAACGUCCUCGAACUGACCCCAGCGCGUGCGCUGACACUACAGUAGGAGUUAACAGCUCGUCCCUGGGCAGUAGGUGUGAAAUCCGCUGCUGAUCUGAGGCUACAGAGAUGAGCACGUAUUUUUCAGAUACAAUUGGCACACUUGGGGCUGCAAAAUGGUAGAACCAGGCCUUACUUUCUUAAUCAGAUUCUGUUCCUGUUUUUCAACAGAUGCUCAUUAAGGUGUUCCUUCCUUUCGUUACGUGAGUCGGUCGCGGACUGUUCAUCCUUUGAGUACUCUAGACGUAUGUUAGACCUGUAUACAGUAGGGAGCAUUCUGCGUAGGUAUUUAUAAAACAUUGCGUAUAAUGUACAUAGUAAGGUUGUUUAGUAUGUUGAACAUGACCUGAUCCCUUUUUUUUUUUUCCUUUGAAGUACUCAAAGGGCUAGCUCUGAAUGUCACCUCUCUGAUCUCCAGCGUUCUGACUUCAAAAAGCUGUACAAUCAUUUUGUUUUCUCUUCAGCAAGCAUAAAGGUCUCUCUGGCUACAAAUCACAGUGUCCACGCACGUUUGCAGAGAAAGAUCUGCAUGCUGGCAGUGCCUCACCGCACCGGUGAAGCUUGUGUUCACGUUCUCCCAGCAGUAGCCAUCUACUGCAGCUGCCUUUUUUUUUUUUUUCUCCUUGCAGCCCGUUAUGCAGGGCUUCAAUUUUUUCAUACCUUUGAAAAAAAAAAAAAAAAAAGAAAAAAAAAAGAAAAAAGAAAAAAAAAGUUUUUUUUUUUUUUUUUUUUGCCCACCAUGCUUUAAAAGUCUGAAUGGGAGAAAUCUCUCAGCAGACAGCGGCUCCUGGCUGUAAGGUUGCCGAAAACCUCAGAUGUGGAUGUGUUUUUCUGCCAUUGGCUGCACCAGAGCUCCAUGGGCAUGGGCGAAUACCGGAUCCAUCUGCCCCCCAGGUCUACGUACUGUAGUUCUCAUGUAGUGCAGAAUUAUCGAGGCAUGUGGCUUUCUUAAGGUACACUAUGUGUGCUUGCCUGGAUUACAAUACAAUACGAGACUGUCUUUUUUUAUUGCUUACUACUAGCUUACUGAUAACCUAUAUAAGUAACAUAACUCACAUCUUUGUCAUCGAAACCUUUUUCUCCCCACCCCUUUAUUUAUCAAGCAUAAUAUUGCAUAUUAAGGGACAGAAAAAUAGACCUUUGUAGAACACAGCAGGACGUUGCUAACAAUGUUUUAAAUGGGAAGUGAAAAAAUGCUCUGAAAAAUGCCAGCCAUGAGAAAUGACUUUGCUGGCACCGUGUUCAUGCGCAUGGAUUUUUUUCUAUUUUUUCCGCUUUUGUCAUGUUACAUCCAUAUCUGUAUUUAUAUCUUUUGUUUCACUUUUGAGUGUAUCAUGGCAAUUGUACAGAUGUUUUUUGUUAACAUUUACGUGAUAGAAUUUGCUAAAAAAAAAAAAUUAAAAUAAAACCUUUUGAGUUUGCCCUAGAAAAAGUGGAAGUUGGGUUUGUUUUUGUUUUUGUUUUUUUUUUUCAGGGGAGAAAUAUGAAAAUGGAUGCAUUAUCUAACGUGUCUCAGUCCAGCAGCCUUUGCUGGUAAUGGGUUUGCUCUUUGUUGAGGACACGGCGAGCCUUUUGGUGCGAGGACAGUCUGGUUGUGGCAGUGGCUGCUGCUGCCUCGCUAACAUGGAAAUGCCCCUGCCCAUGGUGUGCAGAGGAACAAGGGAAAAACUCACGGAGGAGCGGAUCUCUCGGGAGGACUGGACACAAGGCUAUGAAAGCAGGGGCUCGGCACAUUUUGGAGAAGCAGUUCUGUCCUGCUGAAGCAUCUUGUUGUCUCCCCAUCACGUUUCCUGCUGUCCUUCAGCUCCAGACAGCUGCCCUGCCCCACGUGCCCUGAAGCUCAGCUCGCUGUCGGCGCUGGGCAGGAGCCGCUGCUGGGAACAGAGCCGCUCACCUGCCUGACGUGCUGCCUCUGCAGGAGCCGGGGCACGAGCCAGCUCUGGCGUCGUGCCUUCCUUCCUCCCAAGGAGGGCUUUGGGCCUGACCCAGGGAGGAGCUGCAGGGCUUUGCCACGUGGGAUGCCACCCAUGAAGAAUUUGGGGUCUGGGCCCGUCUGGGAUGAGGAGCAGUGGCUGGUCUCCCUGCUGCAGAUGGACCAUCUCCCCCCUGUGGUGGCAGGGGCUUUUUUUGACUCUGCUAUGUACCAGAGCAGUAGGAGGGAAGGUCCAGCCAUGCCCUGUGACCCCAGCUUCUUCCCAGAGCACCUCCCACAUGUUUUUUCUCAAGCAGUGCCACGUACCUGUGGUUAUUAGAAAGGGAAGAGAGAAUGAAUAGAGUGCUAUC